CCGACAAGGCAAGUACAAGUCCAAAAAUCAAUUACUCGUUCAAGGCAAGGCAAAUAUCAAGUAUACAUAAAAAUGCAAGUAAUCGCCUUGCGCCCACCCCUACUCAGAGCUGCAGUUCCUAACUGAACGUGGCGUAAUUGAUCUGCUUUUGAUCACUCCAAGAAUAGUGACCGAGGAUCAAUCAAUCAUCAAUGGCGUCUCCAACACCAACGAGAAUCUGGUUCCGUGUAUUGAUCCUGAUGGCUUUAACGGCCGUUCUGUUCUACGUCGGCCGACCUCUCUACUGGAAGAUCUCCGCGACCAUCCACGAUAUCCGCAACAACAAGCAAUCCGUCAGAGAAGGUAUAUCGCAGAUCGUACAGGAGGCGCAGAGAUCGGUGGGAUGGUAUCACGACGAGUCAGAUUCUGGGUUCUUAGAGGUUCAUAACAAAAAAUCGAGAGUCUCCGCCUCUCGGAGGCUACUUUUCUCCGGAGCUCAGUGAGAAAAUUUCACCGUUGGCUUCUUCGAAAUAAUUUGUAGAAUGUGUCGGUUGUUGUCUGUAUGCAUGUUUGUUCAGGUCGCCACUUUACAAGAACAUCAUUAUCAAGUUCUGUACGUAGACGUUUCGUAAUUAGUAUUCCGACAAGUUAACAUAUCUACUACAUGAUGUUCUUAAUAAGGUAGAUAUGAAACUAUAAAAGAGUGCUUGUGAAUUUCUGUUUAUAUAAGCUUUUGCUUGAAACU